UUUCUACCAUAAAUAGUAUUUGAGCGUUUCUAUUAUAACGGGUAAGAAAAGCUGGCGAAGAGCUGUUUCGUAAACAACAAGUUGGUUUUUUAAAUGCGCAAUUUUAGUAAUAAUUUGAUAAUGAAUAAAGACAAGGUAACAGAAUUAUCGAGAAUUUUUGAAAUUUCUCGCAAUGAUCCGAAUAUUAUUACUAUCAGUGCAACUGUCGAUACUGGUUUUGAAUGGACAGCGAUUGAUGAAUGUAGAGAAAAAAUAUCACAGCAUUUACGAGUAUUUAAAGACCGUGGAAAAAUAUAUUUCAACAUUGCUAUAUCAGAUUUUCCUAAAGUAGAGCUUUUGAGAUCUAUAGAUAACAUUUAUCUAGUAGCUGAUGUACAAUAUCUAUCGUACGACAAAAAUGAUAAAGACAUUAAUCUAGAAUUACUAAAAAAUUUAGUAAAUACUAAUACUCAAUUAACAAAGUAUUUAAAUGCCUGGAAACAAUUUAUAGAAUUCCGUGGAAAAAUAUAUCCAACUUUAGAAGAAUAUACAAGUACUGUUCAAUCAUAUAAAGCAGAAAAAGAAAAGAGAGAUGAUGAUUUGAAAGAUAAAAGUUCAGUUAGAGGCAAGCGAAAAAGAGGAGCUGAUCCUUCACUAUGUGAAGAAAAUGAUGUUUUGUCUUUUAGAGUUACAUGUGAAAGAAAUGGAACUCAUAAUUUUUCAUCAAGAGAUGCUUCUGGGGCGUUGGGUGGAAAGUUUCAAGAUAAAUUCCAUUGGAUUGUCGAUCUUACAUCCCACCAGCUAGAAAUCCUUUGCAGAAUUGCUGACAAUGAAACGAUUUUGAAUCUACGUAUUACACCAGCAUCAAUGCAUCGAAGAAAUAUAAUUGAUUUUGGUCCAACAACACUUCGUGCUACUAUUUGUUAUAAUUUAUUAAGGUUGGCUAAUCCAAAACCAGGUGAUAUCAUUGUUGAUCCGAUGUGUGGUGGUGGAUCAAUCCCUAUAGAAGCAGCAUUAGGGAUUAAUUGGGCUCAUAUUAUUGGAGGAGACAAUCAUGAAAAAGCAAUAGAAAGAUCAAAGGCAAAUUUUGAAGGACUUUGUAAAAGUUACAAAUCAGACAUAAUCCAGUGGAAUAUAACUAAUUUACCUUUUAAAGAUUCUUCUAUUGACGCAAUUGUUACUGACAUGCCAUUUGGAAAAAGGAUAGGCUCAGUGGCAAAUAAUAAAAUUCUUUACAAAAAAGGUCUACUAGAAUUAGUGAGAGUAGUAAGAAUGAAGUAUGGAAGAUUAGUAUUAUUUACUCAUGAUCGACGAAAUAUUACUAUGGCAUUCAAAGCAGUUAAAGAUUAUAUUCGAAUAAAAAAAACACUUAAUAUAAGUAUGGGAGGUUUAACUGCAGUUGCUUAUGUUCUAAAACGGACUAACUUAGCUUAUAAUAAGUUCUUCAUGCCAGCAGGAGAGAGUGUAAAAACUUUAAACACUCAUAAAAAUCCUUCAAAUUCGUCAGAAUCAGACUAAUUUUUAACAA